AUGGGUGCUAGUUGUAACGAUCAAAGAAAGGCUGUUGCUGUAUGUUUGCAGCGCUCCCCUUGCGUCUUGAUCGAGCGGAACACUCCCAAAAAAUGCCUAGAGGACCCAGAACUAAGCAAGGACCUGCCGGAGUUAUGCAUGGCACAGAUGAAAGCAUUCCUAGAGUGUAAGAGAGGAAUGGUGGACAUGACCAAGCGUUUCCGAGGUAACGGUGCGUUGUCCACGGGAAAAUAUGAUCAACAAUAUGAGAACCUCUCAACUGGGAAUUUCAGUGCGACAGAAGAGCUACAUAAGCUCGAAACGCUUUCGAAGGCUUCUAAGAAUUAA